AUGGAAUUCAGCGACGAGGCCGUCAAGUUCGCGGGGCCCGUCCCGCCGACCUCCCCGGACGGCCGCUAUGUCGCCGUCGCGGUCGAGUACCGCCUGAUCGUGCGGGACUGGCAGACGCUGCGCGUGGUGCAGAUGUACUCAUGCCUGGACAGGAUCCAGCACGUGGAGUGGUCCUCGGAUUCGUCCUACAUCCUGUGCGGCCUCUACGACCGAUCAAUCGUGCAGGUGUGGUCCAUUCUCGAGCCCGAAUGGACCUGCAAGAUCGAUGAAGGCCUGGCGGGCAUCACUAGUGCUCGGUGGUGCCCUGAUGGGCGCAGCAUCCUGGUCACAGCUGAGUUUCAGAUAAAGGCAACAGUGUGGAGUCUGGUGGACAAGGCUUGUGUGCAGUUGGCGGGGCCCAAGUUUGCAGAUGCUGGGCUUGCAUUCAACCCAGAUGGCACGCAGCUGGCGGUGGCGGAGCGCAACAACUGCAAGGACUUCCUGACCAUCCUUGCCUGCAGCGACUGGAAGACCCAAGUACACUUUCAGCUGCCAACCCAGGACUUGGCUGACUUGUGCUGGAGCCCGUCGGGAGAUUGUCUGGCUGUCUGGGAUUCGCUGCUGACUUACAGGCUGCUGGUUUAUUCAUCCUAUGGAGACCAGCUUGCCAACUACACCCCCUAUGCAGAUGCACUAGGGAUCAAGACUGUCCAUUGGUCGCCUUGUGGCCAGUUCAUAGCGGUUGGCAGCUACGAUGAGGCUGCCCGUAUCCUAAGCCAUGUGACGUGGCGACCACUGUUGACGUGCAGCCACACGGCUUCAGUGUCCGAACCAUCGAACGUGGUGGCAUAUCGGGAAGUGGCCAGCCGUGACGACAAGGACACGGACAACUCCACCUCGAAGUAUGUUGUCUGUGAACUUCCAGUCUCAAUUCCAUCAAAAACUCCCCCAUUGGACAAGCCAGAUCCCAAGCUGGGUGUCGGUGAGUAG